CUAUUUCCCUAUCCUCCAGCUUCUCCCCCAUCUCCAAAUUCCUACCCCUUCUCACUCCAGGUUUCAGUGAAUCUUGUAGUAUAGAUUUCCUCCCCUGGCGCGAGUCCUACGUAGAAUAACCAUCACCAACGUUAGUCUACGACAAUGGGGCAUAAGGACGACGCCAACGGCGCUCCCACCUAUUGGGGCACGUCUGGCAAGACGUUACAGAGAUUAAUCACAGCCGUAGCGACCACGGAUUUCUUGCUGUUCGGUUAUGAUCAGGGCGUUAUGUCCGGUAUCAUCUCGGCCCCUGCCUUCACCUCGGACUUCCCGGAGGUCAAGGGGGACAGCACAUACGAGGGUUUCGUCGUAUCUAUCUAUGCUGUCGGCUGCUUUCUGGGUGCCUGUUUCAUUCUCACCUUCGGCGACCACCUUGGCCGCCGCAGGUCUAUCUUUACCGGAGCUACUGUCAUGAUCAUCGGCGUUAUCAUUCAGAUUUGUGCUAUUCCCAACGGUUCCGGAGGAGGUGCGACGGCACAGUUUAUCAUCGGACGGUGUAUUACAGGUAUAGGUAACGGUAUCAAUACUUCGACAGUGCCAACCUACCAAGCCGAAUGCAGUCACUCUCACAACCGUGGAAAACUCAUCUGUAUCGAGGGCGGAAACGUCGCGAUCGGAACUUUGAUUGCCUACUGGAUCGACUACGGCUGUACCUAUGGGCCUCACGCCUUCGUUUGGCGAUUCCCCAUUGCAUUCCAGUGUGUCUUCGCUAUUGUCGUCAUCAUUCUCAUGCUUCAACUACCGGAAUCGCCUAGAUGGCUAUUAACUAAAGACCGAAACGAAGAGGCAGCAACAGUUCUAGCGGCUCUCAAUGGCGAACGCCGGGACAACCCUGCUGUCCAGACACAGGUUGCUGUUAUCGUUGAUGCCAUUCGUGCUUCUGGCCAUGGUGGUGGUGUCACUCCCAUCUCUGACCUCUUUACCGGUGGCCCGACUCAGCACUUCCGCCGUCUUCUGCUCGGUGCCUCUUCGCAGAUGAUGCAGCAGCUGUCCGGCUGCAACGCCGUCAUUUACUACUUCCCCAUUCUCUUCCAGACUUCGAUCGGAACUUCGCACAACCUGGCCCUGCUUCUCGGAGGUGUCAACAUGGUCGUCUACUCUAUCUUUGCCACCACCUCGUGGUUUGCUGUUGAGCGGAUUGGUCGCCGAAAGCUCUACCUCAUCGGUACUGUCGGCCAGUGCUUAUCCAUGGUUCUGACUUUCGGUGCUUUGAUUCCUGGAACAGAGGAAGCGGCUAAGGGAGCAGCCGUCGGUCUUUUCACUUACAUUGCAUUCUUCGGUGCCACAUGGCUUCCGCUACCGUGGCUGUACCCUGCCGAGAUCAACCCGCUCAAGACGCGUGCCAAGGCCAACGCGACAUCGACGGUCUCCAACUGGCUAUGGAACUUCUUCAUCGUGAUGGUCACGCCUGUACUGCUAAGCAAUACGGGACGAAGCGGUUGGGGUACUUACCUAUUCUUCGCGAUACUUAACGCUAUUUUCUUCCCUAUCAUUUACUUCCUAUACCCUGAGACAGCCGGACGUACCCUUGAAGAGAUUGAUAUCAUCUUCGCCAAGGGUCACGCCGAAAAGAUGAGCUAUGUUAAGGCUGCGCAAGAGUUGCCCCGUCUUACGGAGGAGGAAGUCGCACAGAAGGCCCGCGAGUACGGGUUCUGCUUGUCCGACGAGGAGGCUGCCGUCAGCAUGCACGAGAACGAGAAGCCCGAGGCCACCUUGUCGACACCGCCUUCUUCGGAUUAAUGCGGCAAUGUGGCGCGAGGUUUCGCGAUUAGAUGAUCGCGCAACUGGUCGCGAUCACCUGAUUUUCUCCUAUUUCAGCAACGCUCAC